ACGUUGUCAUAAAUCCCAGUCUGUCACAGAAACUUAAUUCUGUCCUGUGCUUUGAAUGUCAUGUUUUCUACAUGAGUGCCCUUUGACACGUGUCAUAAAACUGACCCUGAUGUGACCCUUCAGCGUUAGAUGAUCAUUGUUUGCGUGUAAGUGAACAGCUCCUCACGUACAAGAGUGACAAAUCAAUGAACCUGCCCGCACGCCACCGAAACCAUCCCACAAUGCACUGCCUCACAGGACCCCCCCCCAGCCAUUCUCUGGUCAUCGAUUCUUCAGUGAUGGGUUUAGAAACAUCGACAGACGUCGGGCUUGAGGGGAGAUCUGGGAUUGGAUUCUGAGAGAGCAGUUCAUGUAUGAAAUUGGACAUGACUGACUGAUCGUUAAUCAGGAUAAUAAGCAUCGACUGAUGGAGGACGUACUCAUGUGGAUCUCACAGGAGUGUUGAGGAACAGCAGAACCCGAGUCUCUUCACCUAACAGCCGGACUUCAUUUAUAAUCCAUAAUUGCUUUGUGAGUUCUGUGAUCGCAGCAGUGCUGUGUCUCAGUUCAUCAGGACAGUAGUUGGUCCAGAUGACCUGCAGGCCUUUACAGCAGCACGCAAACAAAUCACAUUGAUUACUUUGGCUGGGAUAUAAAGUUAGCAGUGACCUAGAUUUCUCAAACCACCGUAUCCUCUUUCAGAGAACUGUUAGAUGUUUUUUGAUCAUGCCUCCAGUGUGAUCAACACUUAACCCUCAUUCAGCAUUUUUAUAUCUUUUAGAAAAGUGACUAUUUUGAAUGGUGAGUACAGAGCUAUUUAGUAUUUCUUGUCUGUGAAAUCUGGUGUGGAUUUGGAGAAGUGAAUGACUCCUGCUGUCAUCCAUCUACAGCGGCAGUGAUGUCUGUGUGAGGAUGGGCGACUGGAACUUUCUGGGAGGGAUUCUGGAGGAGGUUCACAUCCACUCCACUAUGGUGGGGAAGAUCUGGCUCACCAUCCUCUUCAUCUUCCGUAUGCUGGUGCUGGGUGUGGCGGCCGAGGACGUGUGGAACGACGAGCAGUCUGACUUCAUCUGUAACACGGAGCAGCCCGGCUGCCGCAACGUCUGCUACGACCGCGCCUUCCCCGUCUCGCUCAUCCGCUACUGGGUCCUGCAGGUCAUCUUCGUCUCCUCGCCCUCGCUGGUCUACAUGGGCCACGCCAUCUACCAGCUGCGUGCCCUGGAGAAGGAGCGUCACUGCAAGAGAGUGGCUCUCCGGCGCGAGCUGGAGACGAUGGAGUCAGAGCUGGUGGAGGCUCGGCGGCGGGUGGAGCGGGAGCUGAGGCAGCUGGAGCAGGGCAAGCUGAACAAGGCUCCGCUCCGGGGCCCGCUGCUGCAGACCUACCUGGCCCACAUCGUGACCCGCUCCGUGGUGGAGGUGGGCUUCAUGACGGGACAGUACCUGCUGUAUGGGCACCACCUGGAGCCUCUGUACAAGUGUGAGCGGGAGCCUUGUCCCAACGUGGUGGACUGCUUCAUCUCGCGACCCACAGAGAAGAGCGUCUUCAUGGUGUUCAUGCAGGGCAUCGCCGCUGCGUCCCUGUUUCUCAGCCUGCUGGAGAUCCUGCACCUGGCCUACAAGAAACUGAAGAAGGGGCUUCUGGACUACUAUCCUCACCUGAAAGACGACCUGGGCGACUACUACGGUGCCAAGAAGAACUCUGUGGUGCAUCAGGGGCGCAGAGCCACCAUCCCGACGGCACCCAGCGGAUUCGCUCCACUCCUGGAGAAACAGGGCAACGGACCCACGUACCCCAUGCUCAUUAACCCCUCGUCUGCAUUUGUGCCCAUCCAGGGCGUGUCGGACGUGCAGCGGGAGAACAAGGAUGUCGUUCCCAGUCUGCUGGAGCACAACAGCAACUCCAACAACCCCUGCAGCGAGACUCGCUCCCCUGUUGUGCACACGCGGUUCCCGCCGGAGCCCGAGAGCACAGGCUUCAGCAGCCUCCUGAUAACAGACCCACGCAAGCAGCGGCGAGUCAGUCCGGCCUGGAACUGCAGCACGGUGGUGGAAGGGAACGGCUCGGACAGUGGAGACCUGAGGAGAUCCGGCGGGACACACACACCGGACUCUGAGCCCAGCUCCGGCUCACGGCAGCACGGUUCUGUAGAGAGUCCCACCUUCUCACCCAAUCGCCAACGAACUUCACUGACGAGCAGCAGCAGACGAGCAGCCAGCGACCUGCAGAUCUGAGCCUCUGUUCUCUUUAGUCUUAAUCUAAGAGAUGGUUCACCCAAAAAUGAUCAUUCUGCCAUCAAUUACUCUGUCUCAUGUAUGCAUUUCCUUCUUGUAUUGAACAUAUAUUUUGAAGAAUGUGUGUAACCAAUUUUUUGUUGUAUUCAACAGAAGAAAGAAACUGAAAUGAUAUGAAAUAUGUUAAUGGUGACAGAAUGAUCAUUUUUAAGUGAACUAUCCUUUUGAAAACAAGGAUUGAAGCUUUAUUUACAGA